AUGGCCACCCCCCUUGCCCUGGUCAGAGACCCACAGAGGGUGCUGGAAGGGGCUGGGGGCUGGGAGGAGGGCGGGCCUCCUUCCCGCCACCCCAGCAUGAAGCCCUCAGAGGCCCUGUGUCCACUUCCACACCUUGGUGCCUGCGGACCAGCUGGCCAUGACCCCCCACGGGAAUGUCCCCGAGCUCGGUACUCCCUGAGCACGCUCAGGGCUGGGGAGGUGCGGCCGGGCCACCCACACUCCUUCCCUGCACCCUCCUCAGCACGCAUCCACGAGAAGGCCGGCGCCAUGGCCCAGCUCGCCACCGCCCAGCCACCGCGAUGCCGGCGGAGCCCGCACACCGAGGCGCCGACGGAGAUCCCUCUCGAGGCCGUGACAGAGUUCCUGGAGAUCAUGGAGGGGCUGCUGGGACCCGGCGUCCCAGCUCAGGGGCUGCCCGGCGGAGAACGUGGGGAAGAUAGCUCCAAGCUGCCACAGGGAGAGGCGGGCCUCUAUCCAGACCCGGGUCUCCUGACCUACAUCAAUGAGCUUUGUGCCCAGGAAGACUUUCUCAACAAGGUGGACGCAGUGCUGCACCCACGCUUCCUGGCGGAGUUGCCCUGCCCGGAAGCCCAGCUGGAUCUCUUGGCCCUCGCUGAGGAGCUGCAGCAGGAGGAAGGACUGUCCUUGGCACAGCUGGAGCAGAAGCGACUCCUGGAACUGAAGCAGGAGGAGGGUGUGCGGGGCCCCCCGAGUCACGGCACACCCCGAGCGGACUCAAGGCCUUCUGGCCCUGUGGCCAGCCAGGAUCCCCAGAGGCACAGCCACGGCCCCCAGGUAGGGGCCAGCGACCAAGCCUUCCCACCAGAGGCUGGUUGCGGGCAGCGCCAGGCGCACAGCCGAGGAGAUGCUGGUGUGUCCGGGCCCAAAGCCUUCGCUGCCUCUCCAGGACGCCAGGAGCCCCCUCCCAUGAAGCCUGGCUGGCGGCCCCCUGCCCCCCAGGCUUGGUGCCACACUUCCCCCAGCCUGGGGCCCAGACUCGCCACUGCUCCGGGAGAGACCUGUCCUGCUCGGGAGCCCCUGGGGCCCACGGGCAGGCCCAGUGAGAGCGAGGAGGAGCUCCCCAGCCUGGCCUUCCUCCUGGCCUCUCAGCACACGCUGCCAUCCUGGGGACUGCCCCAGAGUCCUACUCCGGGCUCAGACCUCCUCCGCCGUGGAGUACCCCAGGCCCGCUCUCCCCACAAGCCGGGCCUCAGCCCCGCUGGCCCUCCAGCUGGCAAGGCCAGCAGUCGGGCCCCGCGUGCAGGCCCAGCCCCUGCUGGGAAGACACCCCUGCCAGGGGCCAUCCUCAGGGUCGCUGGGGCUCCAGCGUUGGCUCUGGGGCUGGGCCGCCCCUCCCAGCCCCAGAAGAGAAGGGGGGACCCUUUCAUCACAGGGAAGGGUAGGAAGCGGCCCUGCAGCCAGGAGGGAGGAGCCGGCCCUCCAGGGCAGCUUCGGGCUCCUCCACAUCCCAGUCCUGAUCCUGGCUGCUAUGGCUCCCGAGAGCCCACCACCCCCAUAAAUCCCCCGCCCCACCCCUGCUCUCCUGGAGGCCGCUUUUGGGAGUCCCCAGGACACAGCGUCAUCACAGGACCCCAGUCGUCUAAGGAUGGCCGCUGCUUUGGCCCUGUGCCCUCUGCAGCACCAGCCCACUUUCUGGACAGAGCCUGCAGACAGCAGUUGUCCAGAGGGGGGCCCUCCCUUUCUCGCUGA